GACAUCUAUAAAAUUACUCAUCAGCGAAUAAACGUCAAACUGCAAAAAAAUAGGAAAAUAUAUUACGGAUAAUCAUUUUUGCGUAUUUUAAUGAUUAAAAAGGCAUACUAGAGCCCGUCAGAAGUAUAAUCCACAGAUCCCAAUAACAUUUAUUGCAAAUAUGCUGCCAGCAGGAGAGGAGGCACAAAUAACAAAAUUAUUGUCUAAGUAUAAACAUAUGAAUGCUACUAGGAAAGAAGUCAUCGACGUGGUCACAAAUUAUCGAAGUUUAACAUAUAAAUUACAAAAGUUCGUUUUUAAUGAUGGCAGUUCAAAAGACCUAUUCAAUUUGCAAGGAACCAUACCGGUGGUCUAUAAAAACAACACAUACUACAUUCCAAUUUGUAUUUGGUUAAUGGAUACACAUCCAAUGAAUGCACCUAUAUGCUACGUUAAACCUACACCAACAAUGCAAAUCAAAGUUUCGAUGUAUGUGGAUCAUAAUGGACGUAUCUACUUGCCAUAUUUGCAUGACUGGCAACCACAUUCUAGCGAUUUAUUGUCAUUAAUACAGAUAAUGAUUGUUGUUUUUGGCGAUUUCCCGCCUGUGUACUCCAAACCUAAGGAUCAAGUCGCACCAUAUCCAACAUCUGGUUAUAUACCACCAGCAGGUCCAAAUGCAUCAUCUACAUCAGGGGGAUCUUAUAAUCUACCAUACCCAACUAGUGGUGGGUCAUUUCCACCAUAUCCCCCUGCAAGUGGAAAUAGUUUCGGUGGUUUUCCACCAUACCCUGCACCUGGAAAUGUAAUGCCUGCCACCACUUCUGGUCCGAGUUCUGGCUAUCCUCCAUACAUGAACUAUCCACCUGGCGCUGGCUAUAAUUCAGGAUAUAACCCUUCGAAUACAAGUUCAACGGGAACGAUUACAGAAGAACACAUUAAGGCUUCUCUUAUGAGCGCUGUCGAAGACAAAAUAAGACGACGCCUGCAAGAGAAAGUAAAUCAAUAUCAAGCUGAAAUUGAUACAUUAAAUCGUACCAAACAAGAAUUGGUAGAAGGCAGUGCAAAAAUCGACUCCAUAAUAUCUCGCAUGGAAAGAGAACAGAUUGAUUUGCAGAAAAAUAUAAAUAUAUUACGCGAUAAGGAAGAAGAAUUGGAAAAGAGCUUAGAAUCUUUGGAGUCUUCAGAUGGCAUUGAUCCCGAUGAAGCAGUAACCACUACUGCUCCAUUGUACAGACAACUACUAAAUGCUUAUGCCGAAGAAGCUGCUACAGAAGAUGCCAUUUACUAUUUGGGAGAAGCUUUGCGGAGCAGUGUCAUCGACCUGGAGACAUUCUUAAGACAUGUGCGUCAAUUAUCACGCAAGCAAUUUAUGUAUCGAGCCCUAAUGCAAAAAUGCCGACAAAAGGCAGGACUUGCUGGAUAAAAGAUUGAACGUAUUAAAUAUAUUAAUUCAAAAACUCCAUUUACACAAUGGACAUGAGUUUAUUGUGAUCGAUAGGACAGUGUUUCCAAAACAGUAACACUGUAAAACCAUAAUUAUUGUGGAAUUAUUCGUUAUUUAAAAUAUUCUAAAUAUACUAUUAUGCGUUUGUAUUAAACAAACUUAAA